GCAAAUCUUUGUAUAGCUGAUAUUUUUAAAUCAUCAGUUAAAUAUAAAGAUGCAUCAACAAAAGCUAUUAGUAUUGUUGCAUAUUUUACUGAUAGUAGACAUUCUCACUGGAUUACUGAAAUUAAUUAUAAAUAUACUAUUGAAGUAGCAAAAUCCCUAGAGCAAAAUAUAUUAACAAAUAUAAAUAAUAUAUUUGGUUCUGAUAAUCAUAGACACAAACAACUGAAUUUUCAUAAUAUUGAACAAGAAAGUUCUGAUGUUAUAGAUUUAGAAAGUUCUGAUAUUAUAGAUUUAGAAAGUUCUGAUAUUAUAGAACUAGAAACUAAUAAAAAUAAAGAAAUAAUUAUUGAAAAUAAUUCAGAAUUAAGUGUAAAUAAAGAUAUUAGUGAAGAAUAG